AUGAUUUACGAAAAGGAUGGGCACCUCGUGUACAAAUACGACGGAGAGGAGGUAUGGAUCCAGCCAUGGGGCCCUGACGCCUUUCGGAUCCGAGCUACCAAGAACCACACAAUGCCACUGGAGGCAUGGGCGCUUGACGAAAGACCGCAGGGAGCCGACCAUGAGAUGACCACGGCGGAGAACGGCUCCGCGACCAUCCGAAACGGCAAAGUCAAAGCAGUGGUGACCAGCCGCGGCAAGAUCACAAUCCACAAAGCAGACGGCAUCGUCGUGCUGGAGGAGUACGCGCGAAACCGACGCGACCUGCUCGACGCAAAAUGCAGCGCCAUCGAGGUGGAGGCGCGCGAGUUCAAGCCCCUGCGCGGAGGCGACUACCACCUCACGGCGAGGUUCGAGAGCCAGUCGCCCGACGAAAAGAUCUUUGGCAUGGGCCAGUACCAGCAGCCGUUCCUGGACCUCAAGGGGCUGGACCUGGAGCUCGCGCACCGCAACUCGCAGGCCAGCGUGCCCUUUGCCCUGUCGUCGCUGGGGUACGGCAUGCUGUGGAACAACCCGGCGGUCGGUCGGGUCGUGUUUGGCAAGAACACCACCUCUUACGAGGCCUACUCGACCAAGGCUCUGGACUACUGGCUGGUGGUUGGGGAUACGCCCGCCGAGAUUGUGGGAAAAUAUGCCAACGUCACGGGGAAGCCGCCCAUGAUGCCAGAGUACGGGUUGGGGUUUUGGCAGUGCAAGCUGCGGUACGAGACGCAGGAGGAGCUGCUCCAAGUCGCUCGGGAAUAUCGUCGCCGUGAGCUCCCGCUCGAUCUCAUAGUCAUAGACUUUUUUCACUGGCCCAUCCAAGGAGAAUGGAGAUUCGAUCCGCGCUACUGGCCUGAUCCAGAUUCGAUGGUCCAAGAGCUCAAAGAGCUUGGCAUUGAACUCAUGGUAUCCAUCUGGCCGACCGUCGACAAACAUUCGGCCAACUUCAGCCACAUGAUGGAACAUGGCUUCUUGGUGCGCACGGAAAGGGGCGUCCGCACGAAUUUUGAGUUCCAAGGACAGACGGUCUACUUUGACCCCACCAACCCGGCUGCCCGACAGUUCGUCUGGGCCAAAGCCAAGGAAAACUACUAUGCCAAGGGCAUCAAGACGUUUUGGCUCGACGAGGCCGAGCCAGAGUACUCCAUCUACGACUUUGACAACUACCGCUACUUUCUGGGGCCGAACCUGUCCGUCGGCAACAUCUACCCGCGCGAGUACGCCCGCACCUUUUUCGAGGGCCAGACCCAAGCCGGGCAGGAAAACGUGGUAAACCUGAUCCGCUGCGCCUGGGCGGGCAGCCAAAAGUACGGCACCCUGGUGUGGAGCGGCGACAUCGCCUCGUCGUGGGCCAGCUUCCGCAACCAGCUGGCCGCGGGUCUGAACAUGGGCAUCGCCGGCCUGCCCUGGUGGACCACCGACAUUGGCGGCUUCCACGGCGGCGACCCCGACGACCCGGCCUUCAGGGAGCUGUUUGUGAGGUGGUUCCAGUGGGGCGCCUUUUGUCCCGUCAUGAGGCUGCACGGCGAUCGCGAGCCGAAGCGGGGCACCGAGCCGAGCAGCAGCGGCGCCGACAAUGAGGUCUGGUCCUACGGCGAGGAGGUCUACGGCAUCUGCCAAAAGUACCUGGCUGUCCGGGAGGCGUUGCGGGACUAUACCAGGCGCCGCAUGGCGGAGGCGCACGAGCGCGGCAGCCCAGUGAUCCGCCCGCUCUUUUACGAAUUCCCGGACGAUCCAAGGUGCUGGCUGAUGGGGGCCGAGCAGUACAUGUACGGAGAUGCCUAUCUGUGCUGUCCGGUGCUGAGUCCAGGUUCUCGUGUGGCCAGAGUAUACUUGCCGCGGCUCAAGGAUGGUCAGUGCUGGGUCAGCUUCAAGCACGACAAUGGACAGGCCGAGAGCUUUGAAGGCGGGCAAACCAUCGAGGUUGAUUCGCCGCUGGAUUGGAUGCCUGUAUUUGUUAGGAAAUCCCGCGCAGAGCUUUGA